AUGGUCACUGUGAAUAGUGAGGCUAUAUUUAUUGGUGCCAACAAGCAGACGCAAGUUUGCUCGUAUAACAAGGCCCGGAAUGUUCUAGCUUUCGGUGCAGGCAAGAAUAUUGCACUGUGGAAUCCGCUGGAUGCUGAUUGUCGUGGUAUCUAUGCUACUUUGAAAGGACAUGAGGCCGAAGUAACAUGUGUCAAGUUUAUGCCUGGGACCGAUAUAUUGGUAUCUGCUUCCGAGGAUCACCAUGUGAAGCUGUGGAAGUACAAGGCACCGGAGAGCGAGGAAUUAGAAUGCAUCCAAACAAUCACUCACUAUUCCCACACAAUCGUCUCCAUAGAGACUUUAGCUGGGCUAAUUGUUAUAGGUUCGGCUGGAGGACUGGUUUCCAUUUGGGUUCCAGAAACAGAGGGCUCUGACACAUACAUCAUUAGCCAUGAGUACUCGUUACCAAGAAAUGUCUUCCCACUGUGCUUCUCGCUAUCCAAUGUUGUAGGAAACAAGUAUCUGUUGGCGAUUGGUGGUACAACUGUAAAGAUUUUUAUUUACUCUUUUGUAUUGAGUGAAGGGAAAGUUAUAGAAAAUUUUAACUUAGCAGCUGAGUUGGAAGGCCAUGAAGAUUGGGUCAAAUCGAUCCAGUUUAGACACCAGGAGACUCCUGGUGAUUAUCUCCUGUGUUCAGGAUCUCAGGACCGAUACAUAAGAAUAUGGAGAAUCAGAACAAAUGACUUAAUUGACGAUAGCGAAGAUGAUGAAACGAAACUGACUUUACUGAGCAGCAAACAACACAAAUUCCAUAUCUCUGAAGAUUUGAGAAUUGGUAUUAACUUCGAAGCAUUGAUUAUUGGUCAUGACGAUUGGGUGUCUUCGCUACAAUGGCAUGAAUCUAAACUACAAUUAUUGGCAUCCACAGCUGAUACGGCAGUCAUGAUUUGGGAACCAGAUGAGUCCUCAGGUGUGUGGGUAUGCUCUUCAAGAUUGGGAGAAAUGUCUUCCAAAGGUGCCUCAACAGCGACUGGUUCCUCAGGUGGAUUUUGGUCAUGUCUUUGGUUUGAAGAAAAUGGUGCAGAUUAUAUUUUGACAAACGGUAAAACAGGCUCUUGGAGGAUAUGGGAGGCCAAGGACGAAAUAAUGUGUGAGCAACGUGUUGGUAUUACAGGUGCUGUUAGGCCAGUAACAGACGUUGCCUGGGCACCUUGUGGGAAAUAUUUGUUGUCCACAUCAUUAGAUCAAACUACAAGGCUGUUUGCUCCUUGGAUUUACAAUGAAAACAACGAAUUGCGUUCCAGAAAAACUUGGCAUGAGUUCUCCAGGCCCCAAAUACACGGCUAUGAUAUGAUCUGCGUAGAGCCUGUAAAUGAUGAAAGGUUCAUUAGUGGUGGUGAUGAAAAGAUAUUGAGAUCUUUCGAUCUACCUAAGGGUGUAGCACAUUUACUAAAGAAGUUUGUUGGUCUGCGAUUUACGAAUGAAGAAGAGGAAAGGCCUGAAGCGGCAUCUGUACCAGUUUUAGGGCUAUCCAACAAAGCUGUUGAGGAAAAUGAAUCAAAUGAUACAGAUGACCCUGAUGUCAGAGAGAGUAAUGACAAUAAAAAUAUAUCAUAUGAUUUGGUAACAUCUGCCAAUACUCCACCAAUGGAAGAAACUUUACAGAGACAUCUUUUGUGGCCUGAGGUGGAAAAACUUUACGGCCAUGGCUAUGAAAUCACCUCUGUCGAUGUCUCUCCUGACCAAAAACUAGUUGUAUCUGCCUGUAGAUCAAACAAUGCUCAGCAUGCAGUAAUAAGAAUAUUUGACUUGGACACUUGGUUGGAGGUCAAACCUAACCUGUCAUUCCAUAGUCUAACCAUCACAAGGCUUAGAUUUUCGCCUGAUAGCAAGUAUCUAUUAAGUGUCUGCAGAGAUAGAAAAUGGGCAGUUUGGGAAAGAAACUUUGAUGACAAUACAUUUACACUGAAAUACACUGAUGAAAAGCCUCACUCAAGAAUCAUUUGGGAUGGUGAAUGGGCCCCAUUAGAAUUUGGUAAUGUAUUCUUAACAACUUCGAGAGACAGAAAAGUCAAGGUGUGGUCAUUGGAAACUAGCGAAAGUAAUGCAUUCUCCAUGCUACAUUUCAUAAAAUUGAACAGUCCAAUUACCGCAAUCUCAAUUUACAAUAAGGUAAUCAACAAUAAACUUAUCGUAGCAGUUGGAUUAGAAACAGGUGAAAUCUUUAUUUACAAUUACUCUAAAUCCGAUGGUUUUGAACUUAUAUCACAAUUCGAACAGUAUAUUACUCCAUCGGAUAGGAUCGAAAGAUUGAGAUGGUCAAACUGGGUUGAUAAUGAUAAACUGUUAUUGGCAUCUGCUAGUUUAGAUCAAUCAUGCCGUAUCUAUUCUAUACUAAUAUAA